CCCCCAGGCUCCCCACCAGCCUGGGCAGCCGGGCUUCAAAUUCACAGUCGCUGAAUCCUGCGACCGGAUUAAGGACGAGUUCCAGUUCUUGCAAGCCCAGUAUCACAGUCUCAAAGUGGAGUAUGAUAAGCUUGCGAACGAAAAGACCGAAAUGCAGCGCCAUUAUGUUAUGUACUAUGAAAUGUCGUAUGGUUUGAAUAUUGAAAUGCACAAACAGACGGAGAUUGCUAAACGAUUGAACACAAUUCUAGCUCAAAUCAUGCCUUUUCUGUCACAAGAGCACCAACAGCAGGUGGCGCAGGCUGUUGAGCGUGCCAAGCAAGUGACAAUGACAGAGCUGAAUGCUAUCAUCGGGGUACGUGGACUUCCCAAUCUGCCUCUUACCCAGCAGCAGCUCCAGGCCCAACACCUCUCCCACGCUGCUCACGGCCCCCCCGUACAGCUGCCUCCUCACCCUUCCGGCCUUCAGCCGCCAGGAAUCCCUCCCGUCACGGGGAGUAGCUCAGGACUGCUGGCUCUUGGGGCCCUCGGGAGCCAAGCCCACUUGACCGUUAAAGAUGAGAAAAACCACCACGACCUGGAUCACAGAGAGCGAGACUCAAAUGCAAAUAAUUCUGUCUCCCCAUCAGAGAGCCUGAGAGCUAGUGAGAAACACAGGAGCUCUACAGACUACAGCAUCGAGGCCAAGAAACGGAAAGCGGAGGAGAAGGACAGCAUGAGCCGCUACGACAGCGAUGGUGACAAGAGCGAUGACCUGGUGGUCGACGUCUCCAAUGAGGAUCCAGCUACGCCCCGGGUCAGCCCGGCCCACUCGCCUCCUGAGAACGGGCUAGACAAAACCCGCGGGCUGAAGAAGGAUGCUCCCAACAGCCCCGCCUCGGUCGCCUCGUCCAGCAGUACGCCUUCCUCGAAGACUAAAGACCUGGGCCAUAACGACAAAUCGUCCACGCCCGGGCUCAAGUCCAACACUCCUACGCCGAGGAACGAAGCCCCAACUCCCGGGACGAGUACCACGCCGGGCCUUCGGCCUAUGCCGGGCAAACCCGCGGGCAUGGACCCUUUGGCCUCGGCUCUGAGGAACCCCAUCUCCCUGGCUGGCUCCUACCUGGCUCCCUUCGCCAUGAUGGGACACCACGAAAUGAACGGCUCCCUGACCAGCCCGGGCGCCUACGCGGGGCUCCACAACCUCCCGCCCCAGAUGAGCGCCGCUGCCGCCGCCGCCGCCGGCGUUUUGUGUCUCUUUCCACAGGUCGGCUUUGACCCACAUCCGCCCAUGAGGGGCCCUGGUCUCCCCACGAGCCUCGCGUCCAUUCCCGGCGGGAAACCCGCCUACUCGUUUCACGUCAGCGCAGACGGGCAGAUGCAGCCGGUCCCCUUCCCCCACGACGCGCUUGCUGGCCCCGGCAUCCCCAGGCACGCUCGCCAGAUCAACACGCUGAGCCACGGGGAGGUGGUCUGUGCCGUGACCAUUAGCAACCCGACCCGGCACGUGUACACCGGAGGAAAGGGCUGUGUGAAGAUCUGGGAUAUCAGCCAGCCGGGCAGCAAAAGUCCCAUUUCACAGCUGGAUUGCUUGAACCGAGACAACUACAUCCGCUCCUGCAAGCUGCUCCCGGACGGCCGCACGCUGAUUGUGGGAGGCGAAGCGAGCACGCUGACCAUCUGGGACCUGGCUUCGCCCACGCCGCGGAUCAAGGCUGAACUGACCUCCUCUGCGCCAGCGUGCUACGCCCUGGCCAUCAGCCCGGAUGCAAAAGUCUGCUUCUCCUGUUGCAGCGACGGCAACAUUGCGGUGUGGGAUCUGCACAACCAAACGCUGGUGAGACAAUUCCAAGGCCACACAGAUGGGGCAAGCUGCAUAGAUAUCUCCCACGAUGGGACAAAAUUAUGGACGGGUGGUCUGGACAACACCGUGCGUUCCUGGGACCUUAGGGAAGGAAGACAGCUCCAGCAGCACGACUUCACUUCUCAGAUCUUCUCGCUGGGUUACUGCCCCACCGGUGAGUGGCUCGCGGUGGGCAUGGAGAGCAGCAACGUCGAGGUGUUGCACCACACCAAACCAGACAAAUACCAGCUUCACCUACACGAGAGCUGCGUCCUUUCACUGAAAUUUGCCUACUGUGGGAAAUGGUUUGUGAGUACAGGGAAGGAUAAUCUCCUCAACGCCUGGAGAACGCCCUACGGAGCCAGCAUCUUCCAGUCCAAAGAAUCCUCCUCUGUCUUAAGCUGUGACAUUUCAGCAGAUGACAAAUACAUUGUAACAGGCUCUGGCGACAAGAAGGCCACAGUCUAUGAGGUCAUCUAUUAAACAAGGGUUUGACCGGGGGCUGUCAACUCUGAAUAUUCGGCUCUGGGCUGACAAGACAAUGGCAGAUUUCUGAAGGAUGUAGGAAAAUGAAAGGAGAGCAGCCAUGCAUUGAGAGCGUGUUUCCUGCCAGGCUGCAUAACAUGGAUCUUCAUGGACUCAGAGACAUGUACAUGGACUGAUGCGUUUCAGCAGUUUGUAUUUCUAAGCCCUGGCAUCUCUGGAUUUAUUUGGCGGUCUGCAAAUAUGGAACACAGUCCAGCCCUAAACAAGUUUUGGUUUGGUUUUAGGGUGGUUGUUCUUUUGUCUGCGCUUUGGUGGCACUAUAAAGGACUUAUUUUUUAUCGUGACUUUUUUUUGGGGGCGCUCUACAUAAGACUUGUGAAAAAUGUAAAUAAUGGACUAGUAAAUAGAAUGGAAAGGGUAAGAUUAUGCCUCCUGGUACACUAGCUGUGUAUUUUUCUUUUUAAUUUUUAUUUUUUUUGUCUGCUGUAAUUGUAAUUCCACUGAUGGGUUUGGUGGUGGCAAUUUUCCCCCCCCUCCCCUCCCAAGUAUCAACUUGAGAUGCUACUUUGGCCUGCAGCUUCUAACCAGUUUGAGCAGAGCUGUCCGCUGGUGAAAGUUGUUCCUACUGUUGUACAUGUGAAUUGUUCCGUGUGUAGUCAAAUGUUUGAACACUGUAUGGACUGAAGUUACAUUGGUCAGAUCUUCAGCUACUGAGGGGACGUCAGCAAAACAAUCAACUUUUGUUUUAUGGAUUUUUUUUUUUUUUUUUUUUGUGCUCAUGUUUGAAGAAAACAGGAAGUCCAUGUUCUACGAAACUUCUGCUCAAUCCCUUCUUGAUCUUCGGACAUACACGAUGAGGAAUAAUAUUUCAAAGAAAGCGUAGUAAAAUUCAGCUCAGGGAGCCAUGAACGAUAAGUUGCUAUUAUGUAUUUUGUAUUCACAUGAAAGUAAAGAAUUAGAAUUGAUAACCUUUUAAAAUACAAUUUUUUUUUUUUUUUAAAGUUUACUAACAAGUAGGGUUUGUGUGUCUCUGGUAGGGGUCUGUGGCUUUAUGGUCUUGGUCACUUUUGGUAUAUUGGUUCCAGCGAAUCAAAACCCAUCUGCCCCUUUCCCCUCCUCCCCCCAGAGGCUGGUGGUCUGAUAAAAUUUUGUACUAAACGGUUAAAUAAAUGGGAAAUAAAAGUAUUUGUGUAGCAGAAAUGCUCACCCCUGUAUUGUAGCAUAUGGCAGAGAAUUUUUAUACUGCAUUUUUAUGGCUUAUUUUUUAAUGUGUUGAUUUUUAAUCUGGUCAAAAAUAAGUCGGGUUACGGUGAAAACUACCUGUUUGAAAGCAAGAGGACAAAAGGAGAAACAGACCAUGAAGUUGGAGAUGUUCUUUAACUUUCCCUUCUUGGAUGUACAUUCAGCAGCAUGUCUUACUGCGAGUCGUCAACAGCACCCUCCAGCUUAUUGGUUUGGGGUAGGGAAGGACGUAGGAGUUGAGUGGAAAGAAACGUCAGAGGAAUUUUUUCCCCAAAGGCCCACAUUUUAAGAUUGGACUCCACACACCCCUCCAUUUUGAUUUGUUAUGCACUAGUGGUCACAAAAAGCUCUUAAGUACAAAAGCCUCUCUUUAAAAAGAGAAUGGAUUUUUUUUUGACAUUAGAAAAACGACCGUGUCGAGAUGGCACCGGCUUCAGUGGCUUUGAUUUCUGUGAUACUCAGAUUUGCUUGUUUUUAACAACUGCGCAUUUGGACUCUUUCUGUUCACUGUUUUGUUCGUGGUGUGAUAACGGAAAGUGACGGAUUCUCUUAGGGCCUGUUCAUCUGUGGAAUGGUUUUGGUAUGUUCCAGUUUGCUGCAUCGUUAUGACUAGUGAUAAUGUGAGAAUGCUAAAGAACCAGCUUGACUCUCAGGCUCGGUCCAGACUGCAUUGCUUUUUUGGGAUAUCAGAGGUAUCCCGAAAAAGGAACGCCACAUCCAAGGAACGUAUCCACUUUUUCGGGGGGGGAAAAAAAAAUCUACGAGGAAAAGGGGUGUGUCGAUAGAGCACUUUCUUUCGAAAUUUGGUGCCGUGUAGAAGCGCUACAUUUUGAAAGAGCUUCUUUCGAAAGUGAAUCAGAACAAGAUAUGCAAUUUGCGUAACUUUUUCCGAUUUAACGUUGCAGUGUAGACCUGGCCUCCGAUCCCUAUGUGAAUUAAUCCAUUGGGAAUCCAUGAACAUACAACCAGAGAAUGCCAUGUGUAGAGUCACUUGUCAGCGUACAAGCCACACGUCACAACUAACUUGGAAUGUGUUGGAAAGGGUUAGAGGGUUUUGAACUUGGCUGCAAAAGUCCCCCUUUAAUAACACCACAAGCUAAUGUCCCAAAAUGGUUAUGCUUGCAAGCUGGUGCUUUUAAAACAACAAUUAAAAAAAAGUUAACUGGGCAUAGCUCAGUAAGCGGAGGGUUUCCUAAGUCAUACUGUCUCAACUUUACACCAAAGUAUGUAGCAGAAUAUGUACAGCUGUUAAUACCUACAACUGUUUUUAUAAAAAAAGAAAGAAAGAAAAAAAGGCAAAGAGAGAGAAUAAAAAUUAAAUGUACUGAAGCUCAAAUGAAAACAAAGUGUCUAUAAACCAUUUGCUCUCUGAAAAAACCUGCACUGAGUUAUUAAUAAAAACAAACAAACAAAA